CUCUCCCAGGCAAAACCAGAAGGUGAGAAGAGAUCUACCGGACAAACUCACAGCUAUUCUUUCAGCAGGACCCAUCUCUGCAGCAAAGAGGAAACUGACAAACUGUGUCCUGAGACAGGGGGCGCUGUUUCUAAAAUGAGUUCCUCAGAGGAGACUGAGACUCACGAUGGAACCCACGGCCUUGCGGGAAAGAGGGUCCAGGUAGAUCGGGCUGGGUCACAUGUACCCAACUGUCUGUCUAUGAAGAGUGAUCAAUCAAUACAUCAUCUAAUCGACUUCAGAGGAGAGUUCACAGGUGAUCAAAGGGUCCAGGUAGAUCGGGCUGGGUCACCUGUACCCAACUGUCUCUCUAUGAAGAGUGAUCAAUCAAUACAUCAUCUAAUCGACUUCAGAGGAGAGUUCACAGGAUAUCAAAGGAUUCACUGCUCACUGGAUUUAAGUCGUUCAGAUGAGAUGAGUUCAGAGAAACUGUUCUCCACAAAACAGUCUCUCCUGCGCACUCUGAUGAAGCUGAAGAAGACUGAAAAGUUGAAACUGUUUCAGAGCCAUCUGAGUCAGGGUUGCCCAGAAUGCCUUAAUAGUAGAAGAACAGAAGAUUCUUCUGUACUGGAUCCGUUUAUGAAGAUGAAGGAAUUAUUCAAGAGUCAUCAAAUUGCUGAUUACCCAGAAUGCACUGAGAGAGGGCAGGAGGAUCCUGAAGCCCUGUACAUAGUUGAGAAGAUGCUGGAGACCUGUGGCAUUGAGAGGUCUCUGAAGAUCACACUCCAUAUCCUGAGGACCAUGAAGAAGAAGGAUGUCACUGACCCACUGGAGAGAGAUGAGCAGCACAAUGAAUUCAAAGAAAGAGCCCAGCGGGCACUGAAAACUCAUCUGAAGAAGAGGUUUGAAUGCAUAUUUGAAGGUAUAGCAAAGCAGGGCCACCAAACCCUCCUCAAUAAGAUGUAUACAGAGCUCUACAUCACAGAGGGGGGAAGUGGGGGGGUCAAUGAUGAACAUGAGAUCAGACAGAUUGAGACAGCAUCGAAGAGACAAACCACACAUGAGACUGCAAUCAUCUGCAAUGAUAUCUUUAAGCCUUCACCUGGACAAGAGAAACCAAUCAGAACUGUGCUUACAAAGGGCAUCGCUGGCAUUGGGAAAACAGUCUCUGUGCAGAAGUUCAUUCUGGACUGGGCAGAUGGAAAAGCCAAUCAGGACAUUGAUUUCAUCUUCACUCUUCCUUUCCGAGAUCUGAAUCUGAAAAAGGAGACAGAAUUUAGUCUCAUGGAACUUCUGCAGCAAUACUUUCCACAACUGAAAGAGAUCAAGAGUAUUGAAGGCGAUAAAGUGAAAAUUGUAUUUAUCUUUGAUGGUCUGGAUGAGUGUCGACUUCCUCUAGAUUUCCAAGGCAAUGAGAUUUGCUGUGAUAUAACAGAGUCAUCAUCAUUGGAUGUGCUGCUGACCAACCUCAUUAAGGGGAAUCUGCUUCCCUCUGCCCUCCUCUGGAUCACCUCCCGACCAGCAGCAGCCAAUCAGAUCCCUCCUGAGUGCGUCCACCAGGUGACAGAGGUACGAGGAUUCAAUGACCCACAGAAGGAGGAGUACUUCAGGAAGAGAAUCAGAGAUGAGAACAAGGCCAGCAAAAUUAUCUCACACAUAAAGUCAUCCAGGAGUCUCUACAUCAUGUGUCACAUACCAGUCUUCUGCUGGAUUUCUGCCACUGUACUGGAGACAAUGUUGGGUAAAGUAGGCAAUAGAAAAAUGCCCAAAACUCUGACUGAAAUGUACACACACUUCCUGCUCAUUCAGACUAAUGUGAAGAAUGAGAAGUAUCAUGGCACCAAUGAGACGACCCCAAAGAAAAUGUCAGCAUCAAAUACAGAAAUCAUCCUGAAACUGGGGCAGCUGGCUUUACUACAGCUGUUAAAGGGCAAUCUGAUAUUCUAUGAAGAGGACCUGAGAGAGAUGGGCAUUGAUGUCAGUGAAGCUUCAGUGUACUCUGGGGUGUGCACAGAGAUCUUUAAAGAGGAGUGUGGGUUGGGUGAGGAGAAGGUCUACUGCUUUGUGCAUCUGAGCAUUCAGGAGUAUCUGGCUGCCUUGUUUGUGUUUCAUUCAUGUGUAAAUGAGAACAGAAAUGUACUCGGAGCAGAAGAGUCAGAACCUCACAGUGACAGAGUGCAGCUGUAUGAGGUACACAGGAGUGCAGUGGAUCAGGCCUUAGAGAGUAAGAAUGGACACCUGGACCUUUUCCUCAGAUUCCUUCUAGGCCUCUCUCUCGACUCCAUUCAGACUCUAUUAGGAGGAAUACUGACAAAGACAGGAAGAAGCAGAUCAGAGAGCAUUGAGAAAACAGUAUUGUACAUAAAGGAGAGGAUCACAGAAGAGUCUUCAGCAGAGAGGACCAUAAAUCUGUUCCACUGUCUCAAUGAACUGAAUGACAACUCUCUAGUGGAGGAAAUCAAGAAUUUCCAGGGAUCAGGAAAACUCUCUAAUGAAAAGCUGGAACCACACCAAUGUUCAGCCCUGGCCUUUAUUUUACUGAUGUCAGAGGAGAUCCUGGAUGAGUUAGACUUGACGACCUACAAAACAUCAGCAGCAGGUUAUCAGAGGCUGGUACCAGUAGUCAGGAACUGCAGGAAGGCCAUACUAUACAGCUGUGGCCUCACAGAGAAGUCCUGUGAAAUUGUGGCCUCUGCUCUCCAGUCAUCAAACUCAACCCUGAGAGAUCUGGACCUCAGCUACAAUAGCCUGGGAGAUUCAGGAGUGAAGCUGCUCUGUGCUGCACUGAUGAGUCCAAACUGUAAACUACAGAGACUGGGACUAUACAGCUGUGACCUCAGAGAGAAGUCCUGUGAAAUUGUGGCCUCUGCUCUCCAGUCAUCAAACUCACCCCUGAGAGAUCUGGACCUCAGCAACAAUAACCUGGGAGAUUCAGGAGUGAAGCUGCUCUGUGCUGCACUGAUGAGUCCAAACUGUAAACUACAGACACUGGGGCUGGGUUGGUGUAAUCUCACAGAUGGCUGCUGUGAUGUUCUGGCCUCAGUCCUGCACUCUCCUCACUCAGAGCUGAGAGAUCUGGAGCUCAGAGACAAUGAGCUGCAGGAUUCAGGAGUGAGAGCGCUCUCUGCUGGAUUGGAGGACCCACACUGUAAACUGGAGAGACUGGGGCUGUCAGGCUGUAGAGUCACACAGAGAGGCUGUGAUUCUCUGGCUUCAGCUCUGUGUUCAAACCCCUCACACCUGAUAGAGCUGGACCUGAGAUACAAUCACCCAGGAGACUCAGGAGUGAGAGCGCUGUCUGCUGCUAAACUGGACACACUCACACUACUUGUGGACCAUGGAGGAGAGAACAGGACCAAACCAGGACCCAGGAAAUACGGCUGUCAGCUCACACUGGAUCCAAACACAGUGUGCAGGAACCUGUCUCUGUCUGAGGGGAACAGGAGGGUGACACACACACCGGGGAGAGAGGAGCCAUAUCCUGAUCAUCCAGAGAGAUUUGAGCACUGGGAGCAGGUUGUGUGCAGAGAGAGUGUGAGUGAGCGCUGUUACUGGGAGGCUGAGUUCAGUGUGUCUGAGGUGGGGGGAUGGGUUGAUAUAGCAGUGACAGAUAAAGGAAUCAGCAGGAAAGGAAAGGAUUAUGACUGUAGGUUUGGGUUCAAUAAAAACUCCUGGAGUCUGCGGUGCAUUAAGCACGGUGACCCUGAUAAACUCAGUUAUUCUGUCUGGCACAAUGAUAACCAAACACUCAUACCUGCCCUCACCUCCCCCUACCGCAGAGCAGGAGUGUGUGAUGAUGAUGGUAGAGGAGUGUGUGUGUUCAGGGUAGGAGUGUGUGUGGACCGUCCAAUCGGCACUCUGUCCUUCUACAGCAGUGUGUGA